AUGGCUGCUUCUGAUGCGAAAACACACACGAUGGCUAGCGAAGCAGCCGCCGAGAUCUUGUCGCAGAAACUAGAGAUCUUGCUCUGCCACCCGGAGUGCGCCAGGUGCUUAUCGAUGGAAAAGCUCGUGAAGGAGGCCAAGGAGAAGGUGGCCACGAUCCAAGGGUUCUUUUCCACUCAAGACAGACCGUCCAAGAGCAUGGAAUGGUUGGGGCGGCUCCUCCGAGCCAUGUAUGAGGCUGAGGACUUCAUCGACAAGUUCCACCUCAGAGAGGCCCGCGGGAGGCAAGGGGCCCUGCACGUGGUCACGAGGCCGGCCGCCGAGCUCGUCUCCAAGUAUGAGCUGUGGAGGAACUUGUCCAAUCUGGUGAAAAAGAUGGAGGAGUUGUGUCAAGAUCAGUACUUGAAGGGCAACAUGGAAACGGCGGGGGCAACCCCUGCUAGCGUAACAUGGAAAGGCCCAAAAAAGGUGAGGCUGACUAGCUACUGGAAUCUGCAAGCAUCCUUCUUCUUCUGUCACAAGGAGAAGAAAAAGGAAAUAAUGGGGCCGAUUGUGGCGAAAGCGGAGGGGUGGCUUGUCGCUGUGACUUCGAUUUUGGGUGAGCAAGGCACCGGCAAGACGUUCCUCACGAGAUCGGUCUACAGGGAAGCGAUGUCCCUGGGUGUUGAGUCGCGUGCUUGGGUCCGCAUGUCGGCCGACAUGGAGGUGAAGGAGUUCCUGCUCGAGAUACUGAGGCAAAUGGGGAAGCCAGCGAGGGAGGUGAAGGACAUGAAGUUGGAAGAGAUAAUGGAAAUGCUUUCCAACGAAUUGGGCAAGAUGAAGAAGUUCCUCAUAGUGUUGGAUGACGUGCAGCCGUCCAACGAGCUACUCUUGCGAAGGUUAGUGGGGAUCAUCCUGUUCCAUGGGCAGGGCCACAUACUCAUCACCACUCAACACUGUAACAUAGCCAAGACCAUGGAUUUUUCAUUAGGAAAAAGGUCGUUCAAGCUAGAUAAAUUAAACGAUCAUGAAAGCGAGAAGAUGCUCGCUAGUAAGUUGUAUAGAGUACCCGAUGGUCAGAGGCUCUCGAAGAACGAGGACAUCCUAAGUACUUGUGGGGGCUUGCCGCGCAGUCUGUCCUUGCUUGGCGGGUUGCUGUCAUAUACUGAAGAGCACGAACGCCAAGAGCCCAAGCUCUCGGCGUUGCUGAAAGAUUGUUCGGGAUUAGCAGGUAUAGUACAAUCGAGUUACCGUAGAUUGCCGGUUCAUCUAAAACCGUGUUUCAUCUACAUGGCUUUGUUCCCCGUGGCAUCCCCAAUUCCGACAAGAAGGCUAGUAAGGCUGUGGUUGGCCGAGGGCUUAUUGGAUUCGCAUUGUUACGACAGCGAGGGGAAACGGACGAGGCUGCCUGAGGAUGUAGGAGAGAAUUUCAUUCUGGAGCUCGCGGAAAGGAACCUGAUUGAUGUGGUGAGCUGGAGGGCGGACGGAUCCCCCAAGGCUUGCCAAAUGCCCACCUGUCUGCACGACAUGAUCCUCCCGAUCGCGAUCAGCACGGGGUUCCUUCACAUACAUGACGCUAGCAAGUCGAAAGACGGGAAUGACGGCGACUCGACCGCCCAGCAAGAACAGGCCCAACCGCGAGAAACCAAGGUCCGGUGGCUUGCGGAGCACACAAACAUAGUCAGAGGCGGCCAAGGUGGUGGCAACCCCGGCUUGAACCUCGGCCACGUCCGCUCAUUUCUGUCGUUCUACCCGAGGAGAGGCAUGCUCACCAAGGACAUCAGCACCGUCCUGCGGAACAUCACCUCCAAGACUGACUAUAGCUUGCUGAGGGUACUCGACUUGGAGGGCGUGUAUAAGCCGUCCUUGCAAGGGGUGCUCCACAAGCUGGUGCUCCUAAGGUACCUAGGAUUGAGAUCCACGGUGUUGGACUCGAUCCCGGGCGAGGUCGCGGAUCUGCACUAUCUCGAGACUCUCGACAUAAAGCACACCAACAUCACUUCCCUCCCGAGUUCCUUGUGGAAGGCGAGGAACCUGAGGCACCUGCAUCUCAACUGGUUCUACAUCGACUUGAAGAAGAUCCUCAAGGCUUGUGGCAACAACGUCGAGGCCUUGACUAAACUCCAAACCUUAAGCGGGCUGGUCAUCGGUGACGUGAAGGAGGACUCGAUGACGGGCCACAUGAACAGCUUAAACUCUCUCACCACGCUCAAGCUUUUCUUGCAACUGUCGGAUAAGGCCCCCUCCUCAGGCGCUGCAGGCGCUGCAGGGGAAAUGAUAUCCCGUUGGAUUAGCACCGGGCUCACCAAUCUCCAGUCCUUGACCUUUGGGGUGAUCCAAGAAGCCAAAUCCGCUGAACAAGCCGAGCCCCAGGCAGGAGCCAAGCAAGAGGUAGGAGCGGCACCGGCGGAGCCCACGAAAGCCAAGCCAGAAGAAGAAGCCAAAGCCAAGAAAUCGCAGGUAGGAAAGUUACCAACACUGUCGCUGGCUGAACGACAUCACGAGCUGUUGGAGCUCUACUUGCUGGGGCGACUCGAGAAUCCCAUCUGGACAACGCUCUUGCCCGACUCGCUCCGGGUUCUGACUCUAUCGGGUUCGAAGGUGGAAACAGACAUGAUCCCCGAGCUGGGGAAUCUCCUGACGAACCUGAGGACGCUCAGGCUCUUGGCCAACUCUUUCCGAGGCAAAAGCUUGAGGUUCACCGCAGGUGGCUUCCCGAACCUCAAGAUCUUGAAGAUUUGGAAGCUGCCACAGCUCGAGGACGUGACUAUCGAAGAAGGAGCAAUGCCGCAUCUCAAAGAAGUCGAGUUCAGGCACCUCGAGAAGCUGAAAACUAUCGAUAGGAUCUGCCGUUGCAAGGAGUUGGAAACCAUAUGGGUGAUAUAUGGCACCGAUAAACCUGCUUUUGUGAAGCCUCUCGAGGACGGUAACGGAGAUGAGACGAUUCUGCACGUCGAAAGAGACACCGAGGGGUCCGGAUCUAUGGACACCGACGAAGACGACAGGGACAAAGAAGGAGAGACGUCCGCUCAACACCCUGAAGAGGAGAAGCACCAAUCAACGGGCGACGGCAAUAGGGACGAAGGAGGAGAUAUGUCCGGCCAGCACACUGAAAAGGAGAGACCCCAAUCCACGGACGACAGUGAUGACAAUCAUAUUCAUAUUCAUGUAGAGUGA